AGAAAUUUUAACUCAUUUUUAAUUUGCAGUGAUAGUGAUAAGUUGAAGACAUGAAGCUUCUAAUUUUAUUGGCAUUCUGUGGUAUUUUAAGUGUUCAGUCACAGAAGCCACAAAUCACACCAUAUAUAAUAAAUGGAAUAAGAUCACCUGUUGCGCCUUAUUUUGCGUAUAUUAGAUUCUUUUCAGGCAGAAAUUCUGCUUGGGGAGGUGGGGCGUUGGUCAGUAAUCAGCAUAUUCUCACAAUUGCGACAGUUGUUGCGCCAUGGGAUCCAGUAGAAGUGUACUUGGGUGGAAAUAAUCGUGAAAUGAUGAGACGACAUGAUGUUGCGACCGUCAUGCCACAUCCAAAUUUUGAUAGAAAUACGCGUGCAUUUGACAUUGCCAUCGUUCGUCUUACAAAUCCAAUUAUUCCAUCUGCUGAGGUUCAUCCGAUUGCUUUACCACCUUUAUUUCAACCACCAAACUUUGAGCUGCCAUAUGAACAUGAAGAAUUGUACAUUGAUGGAUUAGGAAUGUCAACUGCAAAUUCACAAGUGCCAUCGACUUUCCUCUAUAGAAGUUAUCAACGAGUAGUUUCAGAUGAAAGGUGCAGACGAUUCUUUAUUGCUGAAACUGACCAAGCAUUCUGUGGUGAAGAUCGAGAAGAGCGAUCAAAUGUUUGUUUCGGUGAUUUAGGAAGUCCAGCAAUUGGAAUGUACAGACGGCAACCAUAUCUUGCUGGUCUGGUAAGAAUCCAUCCAGGAAAUUGUGGAGCAAAUCAGCCAGCAGCAUUUACAAGAGUAUCAUUCUUCCUUAAUUGGGUCCAGUCCCAAAUAGUUUAAAAUUGGUUUUUAAUUGAUUUGAGUGAGAGUUUGCCUUGAAGUGGAAUUUUAUUGGUUUAAGUCUGGUCAUGGACUAUAAUUUGUGUCAAAGCUGUAUUUCGUGUAGUUUUGUACGAUCCUUAAUUUAUCAUUAAAUUCUGUCAACACAGCUAAUUUAAUCCUGCUUCGAUGCGAUCUGUCACUCAAACAAUUUUUUUGUUUCGCUAAAUCUAUGUACGUGUCAUGAACUCAAU